CAGUUUGGUUUCUCUGUUUGAUGUAAACCCAUAUGCCAAGAUCCGCAAAACCAGCUUUUCUGGUUACCUGAAUAAUUUUGGAUCUCUGAAAAAUGAUUAAAGACGUGAUGGAGGCUUUACGUUUUGUAUGGCAACCUAGUUCUUGGGACAUGUUUCUUUGGAGUAUCGCUCUCUUUUCCUCCUACUUGAAAUUGCUUAGAGCAAGUAUAUUUGGCUCAAAAUCAACUCCCAUUUCUAGCUCCAUAGAUCCAAAGAUUGGAUCUUCAAGACCUGUUUGUGUUAUUACUGGUGUUACUUCUGGGAUUGGUAAGGCCACUGCAUUUGCUCUUGCAGAGAAGGGCUUCUAUGUCGUUCUUGUUGGAAGGUCUCCUCAGCUUCUUUCAGAGACUUUGGAAGAUAUAAAGAGCAUGAAAAAAGAUGCACAACUCAAAUCUUUCGUAGUUGACAUGUCUUAUUUUUCAUCAAUCUUCAAUUUUAAAGACUCUCUAAAGCAAUGGCUCUCGGACGAAAAGUUACAUCCUUCACUUCAGCUUUUAGUGAACAAUGCUGGGAUGAUGGCUAUUUCUAGUCGACCAACCACUGAAGGUUAUGACAGGACCAUGGCUACAAACUAUAUUGGUCCAUUCACUAUGACAAAACUUCUUUUACCACUUCUGAAAAACAGCUCUGUGCCAUCACGGGUCGUGAACGUUGUAUCUUUCACACAUCGUUAUGCUUCUAUUGGGAAAGUUAACAAAGAUUAUGUAACUGGAGAACAUUUCACGACAUUCAACCAAUAUCCUCAUGCACAUGUCUACGAGUAUUCUAAAUUAUGCCUUCUACUUUUCUCAUAUGAAUUGCAUAGACAGCUUCGCCUCAAAGAUGAUUCACACCAUGUCUCUGUUAUAGCUGCAGAUCCUGGAUUUGUGAAAACAAAUCUAAUGCGAGAGUAUCCUAAAUAUGUAUCUGCUUUUGCGUUUCUUUGUUUCAAAACUAUUGGCCUCCUCCAAACCCCUGAUGAAGGAGCUCGAUCUUCUCUUGACGCAGCUUUAGCUCCACCAGAAACAUCAGGUGUUUACUAUUUUGGAGGAAAAGGAAGGACUAUUAAAUCGUCAAAAGCUUCUAGAGAUCCUAAACUUGGUAAAGAACUCUGGGAAACUUCUUGUGGUUUGUUCGAUCAGUUGCAGUCAUAUAACGAAUAAAUCAAAUACUCGCUUCAAGAUCUUAUCUCCGUUUUCUUUUAUUGUUAUUUGUAUUACUAGUAAUAAUAAGCAGCAGAUUUUAAGAUUCAUGUUUAAAUACAGUAAAUGGUGAUACCUGUGGUUCAUAACUGUUUUAGUUCUUGUAAGUUUACAUUAACUAAAUGAGAAAUUCUUGAUGUAUCA